AUGGCGACCCAGUGGUUUACCGGUGGCGCCCUUCCUCCUCCACCAGGAAUCGAGCCCAACUUUGUUGAUCCUCCCAGUCAGUUGCAUGGCAAUAUCGCCCUUCAUACAGCCUUUCUUUCAGUGGCCACCCUAGCGGUGGCCAUGAGGCUAUUCACCCGCCUCUGCAUGCUGCGCACGAGGUUGGGGAUAGACGACUUUUUCUGCGUCCUGGCAUAUUGCCUGACCGUUACCUUCACGGGCCUAAUGUCCUACUGCUUCUCCAGAGGCAUCGGACGCCAUAUGUGGGAUGUGCCAAUAACCUGGCUCUCGAGAACUCUCAAGUACUUCACUGUCGGUCAAUACAUCUACACACUCCUGACAGCCGCUGUUAAACUCGCGUUUCUCUUCUUCUACUAUCGCAUAUUUCCCCGUCAUAUCAACAUCAGAUAUUUCAUCAGCUUUGGCAUCGCUUUCGUUUCUGUCUCCCACCUCAGUCUCUUCUUUCUCACUAUUUUCUCCUGCUCGCCCGUGAGCCACGCCUGGGAUGCCGCCUCCCCGGGCCGCUGUUGGAACCCGAGAAUUCUGCCCUAUGUCUCUGGCGGGUUGAGCUCGGCCACUGAUCUCUACGUCCUUCUUCUCCCUAUCCAUACUCUCUGGGGGCUAAACAUGACCACCCGGAAGAGGCUCCGUCUUGCAGCUGUCUUUGGUCUGGGAACCUUUGCCUUCGCCGCAAGCGUAGUGCGGCUCGCGAUGACACACGUCCUCACAGAUAGCCAAGAUGCAACCUGGAACAUAUCUCGAAUUUCUCGAUGGGCGCUCUGGUCGAGUGGGAGUCGCCGGAAGUCCUUCAAUAACAACAAGGCUGAGUCAGAGGUUUCCUUACAGCUACAGCAACAAAAACCCUGGCAACCUGUUAAUUAUGAGAGCCCCGGGCCAGUGGGCGUGCAGAAGGACUAUCGCUACAGGAGUGAUGAUGGAAGUCUCCCUGGCCAAGCGAAUGCGUGGGAGCGGAUUGCUUGA